AUUGCCUGCCAACAGCUUUCAUUUCUGACCAAAUUUAAUACUUCGUACUAUCCUAUAUAUUAGCUCAUACAAUUGAAUUGGUAUACGCCGCUACGACCAUUCUUGAUCAAAAGCAAGCAUUAUUUCAACUAGAAAUGGAAGAUAUAGAGAUUCCGUCGUACUUCGUUUGUCCGAUUUCCAUGCAACUCAUGAAAGAUCCGGUAACCACCGUCACCGGAAUAACCUACGACCGGGAAUGCAUCGAAAAGUGGCUGUUUUCAUGCAAAAACAACUCUUGCCCCGUCACAAAACUCCCACUCGCCACCACUGAUCUCACCCCCAACCACAACCUCCGCCGUCUCAUCCAAGCAUGGUGCAUGGUCAAUGCAUCCCACGGCAUUGACCGGAUCCCCACCCCCAAGCCGCCGGUGAACAAAGCUUAUAUCUCGAAGCUCAUCGGAGAUGCCCGGAGGCUGCCCGCCGGCUCCCAUCAGCUCAAGUGCCUCAAAAGACUGAGAUCCAUCGCCGGCGCCGGCGAGCACAACAAGAGAGAGAUUUGGUCAACGCCCGGAGCAGUUGACUUUCUUGCUUCCGUUUUAAAGAAGGAGGACGUGGGGGUGGUUGACGAAGCGUUGACCAUUCUUUUCAAUCUUGGUCCGUCCGAUUUGGUUCUCAAAGGAUUCAUCAACGAAGAGGGGCAUCUCCAUCUCAUUGAUUCUUUAGUGCAUGUCUUGAAAUGCGGGAUUCAUCACCAAUCUCGAGCCAUGGCUAUGAAGAUGUUAGCGUCGGCUUUCGAGAUAGCGGACCCGGCUCAGCUAAUUGCAGCUAAGCCGGACUGCUUCAUCGAGGCUGUUAAAGUCAUAAGGGAUAGAAUCUCUCAAAACGCAACCAAAUCCGCGUUGAAACUCCUCCUUGAGCUUUGCUCGUUCGGAAGGAACCGAAUCAAAGCGGUCGAGGCGGGAGCUGUGCAAACCCUUGUCGAGGACGUUCUUCUUGAAACGUCCGAGAGAAGGGUUUGCGAGCUCGCUAUGACGGUCCUCGACCAGCUUUGCAACUGCGCCGAGGGCCGGGCCGAGCUGCUGAGCCACGGAGCGGGGCUCGCCAUUGUGUCCAAGAAAAUCUUUAGGGUUUCGCAUGUUGCGAGUGACAGGGCAGUUAGGAUUCUCUUAUCGGUCUCCAAGUUUUCGGCUACUUGUAGGGUUGUUCAGGAAAUGUUGCAGGUUGGGGUGGUUUCCAAACUGUGUUUGGUGAUGCAAGUUGAGGCAAGUAGUAAGACAAAGGAGAGAGCCAGGCAGAUCCUUAGGUUGCACUCUAGGGUCUGGAAGGCUUCACCUUGCAUUCCCCCCGGUCUUCUUUCUUCAUAUCCGUUGUAGUGUUCAAUCGUGAACCAAUUUUAAUUGGAUUUAUUUAUUUGUUACUUCGUAUAUGCUUAAUUGUUUUAUGUAGAUAUAUAUAGUUGACGGGGUUAAUUUUCAUCCUAAAUAGGCUGGAUAAUAAGCCCCAUCAUCAUAUCAUAUACGUAGUACUAUCUAUUUUGUAGCUCUCCUCAAGUUUUUAUGGACAGACCAAAUAUUAUUUUGGCCAAAGUUCAAAUUAAAUUGUUAUGGGCUCUUACUAUUUUGCUACAUAAUAUAAGAUGUUUAAU